GUGAACGUCUCUCUCUCUCUCUCUCUCUCCUGUCUAUGUGAACGUCUCUCUCGCUCGCUCUCCUGUUUAACCUGCUGGCCAGCAGCGAUCAGUGAUGCAGAGGAACCGAACUGUAGCGGCUCCGUAGAGCAGUUAAGCCCGCUGGAUCUGCUCUCUUCUCCCGUGUGAGCCCUCCUGGAGCUGCGGGGUAUGGUGUCACCUCCUGAAGCCGGACAAUCGGACGCUGAGGCCGGCGGCAGGCAGCGCUAGCUGACCGAGCUGCGGGCUUUGAAUUUCGGCCUCACUGCCAGGAUUUUAUCAGGACUUUUUUGCCGGAUAUUCGGAGUAUUACUGGGGGAAUUGCCUGGCCGUGGACACUUCGGGAAGGUUCGGUUCUUAAUGCCCCGGAGGCUCCGAGAAGAGCAGAUUGCGGAGCCCCGGAGCAGGGCUCGGACACCGGGGGAGUGCGAAGACGCUUCUUCUGAGAAUCUGGGGUUCAGUGAUUUGUGUUGGGUCAGCGAGGCAGCAGAAACCAGAUAUACCAACCAGAACUCUGAUUGGCUCCGCCCACCAUGAACCCUCUAAACCAGAUGAAGGCUGGACUAGCCAACAACCCACACAGUGACGGCUCGUACCCCUACGACCCCUCCAGCUGGCAGCAGCCCACCAAUCAGCCCACAGGAUCGCUCUCCGUGGUCACAACUGUCUGGGGAGUCACCAACCCCUCGGCCAGCCAGGGUCUUGGUGGAGGCGUGAUGGGGCCCGGGGCCAACCCAGGCGGGGGUCCCAUGAUGCAGGGCCCCGGGGGGUCGGGCAUGGCCGGCGGGCCCGGAGGCUACAUGGGCCAGCAGGGCUACGCAGAGCCCAGCAAAGGCUACAUGACCCAGGGCAUGUACGGCCGUACGGGCGGGGCCUACACAGGAGGACCGGGCGGGUACACAGGGAGCUAUCCGUCGAACCCCGGAGGCUCCCGAGGCUCCGCCGACUUCACUCAGGCCGCUGCUGCCGCCGCCGUUGCUGCUGCUGCUGCCACGGCGACCGCCACUGCUACAGCAACCGUUGCCGCCAUCCAGGAGAAACAAAACCAGGAGAUGAACUAUGGACAGAUGGGCGGUCCAGCCUACAAUAACCAGUUCAUGGCCCACUCCGGCCCCCGCGGCCCUCCUGGCAUGGCUCCUGGAGGUAUGGGCCCAGGUCCAGGCCCCGCCAGAGGUCCCCCUUCAAUGGGCCCCAUGUAUGGACCAGGAGGGGGCCCGCAGAGAGUCCCCCAGCACCCAAACUACGGCCCUGGACCACAGCAGGGACACCUGAGGCCCCCGCAGGGCCUCAAACGACCAUACAGCUCAGAGUCCUUCCCGGGAAUGUCCCAGCAGUACGGCGUUCCCAUCGGUUCCAGUGUGAACGUUAUGCCGGGUCCCGGAGGUGGCAGUGGAUCCAUGCCUGGUUCAGCUGGAGGCGGUCACGGCGGCCCCUACUCGGGCCCCAACAUGCAGUACCACCCAGGUCCCGCCGGUCCAGGUCCCGCCCCGCCACGGUCUGGCUCCUCCCCCUCCUAUCAGAGCCAUAAAAUGCCCCUCCCACCUCAGUACCCCCCCUCUGGACCCCCCAGCUCGCAGUACUACAAGCAGGACCAGUUUAACGGGCAGGGCGGCUUAAACACUCUGACAGCAGGGGGCGCCGGAGGAGUGUACAACUCCUUCAACCAGCCAUCAGGGCCGGGGCGAGGGUUGCCAGGUUACCCCUCUUCUCCGGUUCCGGGAAACCCAACACCUCCCGUCACCCCCAGCGGCUCCAUGGCUCCGCCCUACAUGUCGCCUGGCAACGGUGACGUCAAGCCAACGCCUUCUUCCUUUCUGCCUGACAUCAAACCCAACAUAGCUGGCCUGGCUCCUCCCCCGCCGACAGGUAACCCUAGCGACGACCUGCGGCUGACCUUCCCAGUGAGAGAUGGCGUGGUCCUGGAGCCCUUCAGAUUAGAGCACAACCUGGCUGUCAGCAACCACGUCUUCCAGCUGAGAGAGUCCGUCUACAAAACACUCAUCAUGAGGCCUGACCUGGAGCUGCAGUUUAAGUGUUACCACCACGAGGAUCGACAGAUGAACACCAACUGGCCCGCCUCUGUCCAGGUGAGCGUGAACGCGACUCCUCUCACCAUUGAGCGAGGCGACAACAAAACUUCCCAUAAACCUUUGUACCUGAAACACGUGUGUCAACCGGGCAGGAACACCAUCCAGAUCACCGUCACCGCCUGCUGCUGCUCUCACCUGUUCGUCCUCCAGCUGGUUCACCGUCCGUCGGUGCGAUCGGUGCUGCAGGGACUGAUGAAGAAGAGGCUGCUUCCUGCAGAGCUCUGCGUCACCAAGAUAAAGAGGAACUUCAGCAGCGGCUCCAUCCCCGGGACGCCCGGGUUAAACGGAGAGGACGGCGUGGAGCAGACCGCCAUCAGGGUCUCGCUAAAGUGUCCCAUCACGUUCCGACGCAUCCAGCUGCCCGCCAGAGGCCAUGACUGCAGACACAUACAGUGUUUCGAUCUGGAGUCGUACCUGCAACUCAACUGUGAGCGAGGAACCUGGAGGUGUCCUGUGUGCAAUAAGACGGCUCUGUUGGAGGGUCUGGAGGUGGACCAGUACAUGCUGGGAAUCCUGAUCUACGUGCAGAACUCGGAGUACGAGGAGAUCACCAUCGACCCGGUGUGCAGCUGGAAGCCCGUCCCCGUGAAGCCCGACCUCCACGUGAAGGAGGAGCCCGACGGCCCCGUGCUGAAGCGCUGCCGGACGCUCAGCCCCAGUCACAUGGUCAUGCCCAACGUCAUGGAGAUGAUCGCCUCGCUCGGCCCAACCCCUUCCUCGUCCUCCUCCACCUCGGCGGUUCCCCCCUCCUCUUCCUCCUCGUCCCCGAUGCCCUACCCCUCUCUGUCCGGGGGGGGCAGCGGCGGCAACAACAGCAGCACCACGCCGGAGUACCCCGGACCCGGAUCAGCUCCGUCCUUCCCCACGCUGUCAGCUCCGUUCUCCGACUUCAGCGGUCCGGGGACGCCCAGCAUCGGCGGCGACUUCUCCUCACCCGGCCCCCCUCCCCUGUCCUACCAGUCGGAGCUCUCCAGCGCCCUCCUCACCCCUGACAAACCCCCCCCUCACCCGCUGGCUGGACAGAUGCCGGGCUCAGGCCGUAUGGACUCAACUUCCCAUGGUGCUCCUCUCCAGCAGCAGCAGCAGCACCAGCAGCAGUCGCAGGGUCUCCAUGGCAACUCGCAAAUGGGGGGUGGCAACCAGAUGAUGCAGCGUAGCAACCAGAAUCCCCGUCUCCAAGGCGACGGCUCCUUUGGACUCGGGGGCUCGGCGGAUGUUCCGGAAACUUCUCUUGACUUGCUUCCUGAGUUGACCAACCCGGACGAGUUGCUGUCCUACCUCGGCCCUCCGGACCUGCCGAGCAACAACAACGACGACCUGCUGUCGCUGUUUGAGAACAACUGAAGCGCUCGCACGGCUCCGGGGUCGGCCACGCCGAGACGUCACGGCAACAUCCGAACUUUAUUUUUUAUCCUCGCCGCCAACAUGGCGCCGUCUGCACAGGAAGGGGCGGACCGUGAGGAGGAAGGAAAACAAAAUGGCGACUUUUGAAUCUAAAAAAUCUCUUUGAUGUGUGAUUAUGAACUCCAUGGUAACUUUAUUUUAUUGUUUUUAAUUGUGUUUCGAUCCUUCAUCCUUCAUUCCCUGUCAGUUCAAAGAGGCGCCACAGUGCUGCUUUCACGUACCUGCCCCGCCCACAGCGAUGUCACCCAGUCGCUCUUCGUGUAACAGCACAACACUGACAUCUGAUUGGCUGUCAGUGUUUUGGCUCAGCCCGUGAUCAGGCUGUGAUUCAGGUGAUUCCAGUGCGGUGGCGUGCAGUACACGAAGGUGCGGCUGGCGUCCUUUGCGGUUCCAGCUGUUGGUGGGUGUGGGUGUGAAACCUGUGAAGGCAGCAUUGUGGCGCGUCACAGCCGGGCGUUUCGGUGCAAAGAUGGCUGCAGACGAGCUGUAAGCGGCGUCUUUUCCCACGGACACGUUUUCCUUUCUCACUGGAGAUGCUGAUGGGUCCACGCCUGGCCCCGGCGUGCAACACGGACCUCCCGAUGACCAAUCAGAGAGAGGCGACACGGGCGGCUGUAGCUUCUCAGCCCCCUCCCCUCAUGUUAUGAGGGUUUUUUGUAAGCGGGCUGGUUGACCUUUGACCUGGCUGCGGUCUGCACAUGUGGCUUACUCACAUCUGGGCUGAAGCUGCAGCGACAAAAGCUGGUUCAUCUUCAUCAUCCUGUGUUGUUGUAUAGUGACUUAGAGUCCAGCAGUUGUGGUGUCUCCAUGGAAACCUGUACACGAUGAUUCAGUAACGAUGCUCAUAACAUAAAGUUUGUAAUUUAAUAAACAGACACUGGAAAGACA